CACCUCAAAACUCUCCUAUAAAUUCCUCCACACUCCCUCUCAUUUUUCUUUAUGUUCUCACCUUCAUUUCCUUCUACUCAUUCCUAUAUUUUUAAUCAAAUCUCUUAAAAAUAACCAAAUUGAACAUUUUGGUUUUGUUUAAACACUUCAAUUCUAUCUUAAUAUCCCAUUUUUUGGAUCCAUAAACCUUCAAAAAUCUGUCAUUUCAUAUUAAAACACACUCUCCCCUGUUUUUGCUCUGUUUUUUGCUCUGUUUAAUUGUGAAAAAUGUCGUGUUCAAGUUACUGCCAGGGACUCCAAUCAUGCUUAGAACCAGCUCGUCACGUCGAGCCACGGGUUUUAAGGCUAAAAUUAGCUCCAUCUAAAUCUGAAAACUCCGGCUCUUCGCCAGCAACUCCGACCACCAACAAAGCUGAUGAUAAUGUGUACAAUGGUGGCUGGACUUUUCUUCAAUCUUUAGGUUCUGAUAACAAUAAUUCAAAGAAAGAUGAAGAAACUAAUCAUAAGGAUUUAAAAGAAUAUAUUCCUCCAAAUUUCAAACGUUCUUCUUCUUCUAAACUAACUGAAAAAAGCUUGGAAAUGUGCACGGAAGGCUUGGGAAGCGAGACCGGCAGCGACGGCGGCGAGAGUAGCGAUGAGAUGGCUUUACUCUCGUUAGACAAUGAGAAUACGAGCAGUAAUGAGACUCGACUGAACCGAACGAGGUCACGAAGAAUGACGAGAGCUGCCACCUUUCCUCCGCCGCUGACAUCAAUCAGCGGCUCAUCUAAUGUUCAAGUCAGGACUCACAGAGAAAGCGGACGGCUAGUGUUGGAGGCAGUGAGUGUGUCUCCGAGUCAAACUUAUUUCCACGCAGAGCGAGUCGAUGGCCGGCUCAGGCUUCAUUUAAUGAAAGAUCGAUCUUCCGGCGAGGAGAAACACGAGGAACGUGAAAUUAUAGCAGAAACAGCAGAAGAAGUUGACGAAGUUGAAGAAGAAGAAGAAGAAGAAUUAUCUGAUGGAUCAGUGGUUGAAGAAGAAUAUGAAGGAGUUGAGGAGAACUGGGAGGCGGCGGAGAUGGAGAUGGAGGAGGAAGACGGCGGUGAAAUGGGGCCGGAGAAGCUGGCGAGGCGGAGGUUCAGCAGUAGCAGGUGCAUGGAAAGUGAGAGUAGUGGGAAUAAAAGUUUGCGUAAUUGGGAGCCAUUUUGGGUUUCGACCUAAAAAGCUGAAAGGCUCUUUUUUAUUUUAUUUAUAUUACAUAAAAUUGAUCUCAUUGUCAUAACCUAUAACCUAGUACUAUUAUUGUUAUUAGUUCAGUUAUUUUAAUUUGGAUUUCAUAACUAAUUAAUGGUAGUUAUUAUCGUUACUGGUUUGUCCUA